CCUUAGUUUGGCCUUAGUUCUACUGCAAACAUCCAUGGCGUAGCAUUUUGUUUUGAAUCUCCGACCAAGAUUUUCAUUUUCCUUCAUUUGACCUGCAUUUAAAUCACAAUUCGGUAGCAAAAAUGAAUCCUACGGUGUCCCUUGUCAUCCUUUCGGCCCUGUUCAGCUCAGCGUUGGCGGUCCGCUGUUACCAGUGUUCCUCGCAGACUGACCCCAAGGGGGUGGACAACUGUGGGGCGUACAAGCCGUUCAACGUAUCGCAGAACAUCGCCAUCGACUGCAACAGUGACGAGUCGCAUAUGCCCGGAACGUUCUGCGUCAAGAUCGUCCAGCAAAGUCCGCGGGGAUUCAUUUGGGACGGCCGAUGGCGCCAGGUGAUCCGGAAGUGCGGCUCGGUGGCCAAGACGGCCGUCACGGGUGUGUGCAGCUGGGGUGUGUACGAGAACGGUGUCUACUGGGAGGAGUGCUACUGCGGCGAGAACGGGUGCAAUUCCGCUCCCCGGUCGGUAUCGCUUGCAACCAGCAGUCUGGUGUGCCUGCUGGGGGCCAGCUUCCUAGCGAUGAAACGAUACCUCGUGUGAAGAUGAGGUUGAGUUUUUUCAUCUCGAACCAUUCCAUUGUUUUUUAGCAAUAAGACGAUGAACUCUUUUUUUUAACACUGUAAUGAAACAUUGCACCAAAUUGAGUGCACAAAUUUGAUGUAGAAUCGAAUCCGUCCAGAGCCAUAAAGUGCCUAAAAUACAUGUACUAAAUAGUUCCGAAUAAAGAAUCUCUUUACACAGUUU